CUGAAAUAUCUUCUUAUUUUUUAGCCAGGUUUAAGUAUCAUGGCAAACGAGCCUGGACAUGUUGUCGUUCGCUGCACUCAGUGCUGUCAUGUCUUCUGCAAGCCGAAGCUGUUGCCGUGCCUGCACACCUUCUGCGAAACGUGCAUCUUCAAGGUACAGGAGGGGACGGAGAAUGAGAAGGGCAAGGUGUUCUCUUGUCCCGUGGAGACUUGUAAGGAGGAGGUUGCCAAGGGUGAGGAUGACCUGCCAGACAAUAUCCUUGUUGCAAACAUCAUCAAUGCGAAGUCAGUAGCCUGUGCUGCAAAGGGUACUGUCAAGUGCACCAGCUGUGACAACCUGCUAGAGGCCUCACACCGCUGUUUGGACUGCCAGAGGUUCCUCUGUGUCAACUGUCAUGCUGCUCACAAGCACAUGCAGAUUUUCCGCAGGCACAGAAUGCAAGACAUUUCUGAGUUCUUCUGCCAACAACAGGCUCAGAAGAGGCCAUUGUACUGCACUAAACACCAGGGGGAGAUCCUGGAACUUUUCUGUGAGACCUCAGGGAUGUUGUGCUGUAGCAAAUGUGUAGAGGAGAACACAACAAUCCCUAGGAAUAACUACAAGUCCCCAGAUGAGAUAGCAGUGAGCUACAGGAAGACUCUACGCUCCAGUAUCACUGGGCUGGAAAAGAAACUAAAGAGUUUGGAGGGUGAAAGGGACAGGUUCGACAGGGCCUUGGCACUUCUUCUGGAGAAACAGAACCGGGCAGAGGCAGAAAUUGUCAGGUCUACCUCUGAGCUUAUAAGCAAGGUUGAGGAGGCUAAACAGUGUUGCCUGGCAGAGUUGUCCAGUAUUGUGGAUGAGAAGAGAGCAUUGCUGGUGGAGACUAAGGAGGACAUGCUCCAGCACUACUGCAGGGGAGAACACAGCUGCUCACAGGCACGCAGCUUCCUGGCCCUGGCUACAGACGCAGAGCUGCUGUGUCUGAUGGACACGUUUCAACAGAGACUUGAGGAGCUGACCAGCUAUGAUGUACGGUGUGACCUUGAGAACACCUUGUCCUUGUACUUCCACUCUGCGGAGGUUAGUGUAGAAACCCUGAAGAACAACCUGGGAUAUCUUCAGACUGGCUCGGUUGUCCCACAAGAUGUGCUAGCAGCAGGAGAUGGCAUUGCCCUGGCAACAGCUGGGGAGGAGGAGAUGGUUACCAUAGCAACAGGGUGUGACCAUGUGAGGACCAUGAUCAGUUCCAUCUGUGCUGAGGUGGUGGAUCCAGUGGGCGGGGUCACCCAGGCUACCAUCCAUGACAACUUCAACGGCACAUACUCGCUCUACUACAUGCCACAGCUUGCGGGGCCACACAGGUUAUCUGUGAAGAUCCGUGGCCACCACAUCCGAGGAAGCCCUUUCUCUGUUCACGUCACUCCUGCUGCUAAUGACGACUCACACAGACAUACUUCCUCCCAGACAUCACCCCUGAAACCUACUAAAGAGACUGCCUCUACACCAGGAGGAAGGAAGACUGAAAUAAGCUCACGUAGAUGGAGUCAGGAGGGGAAAAAAGAGGCCAUCAACAGGAUUACUAAACAUUUGGGGAAGCUAGAUGUCCAAGACUUCAAGGCUAAAGGACACGGACAGUCAGAAAAGCUUCACACAGAUGAAAGGAAACGCCUGUCUGUGGGUGAUCCAAGCCUACAGAAGGACAGAGUUGGUGCUGAAACUCUGGCUGUUGUUAAACUGUCUGAUGAUAACAGGAAAACAGAUGACAGAAUGACUGAGGGUGAGGAAGUAGCCAGUGUUAGCAGCAGCUGUGGCAGCCCUAUAAAAUCUGACUCUGAUGCAAACAACAACCGGUCGGCAAUUCCGUGGGUCGGGCCACGACGGAAGGUGAACUUGGACGGGGCGCGGUCGCUGAGUCGCCACUCGUCUCCUGAGAAAAAUGGCAUUAAAACAUGCAGCAGUGAUGGUGACGAGGACAAUCAGGGUACAGACAGUUCCUGUGGGAAGUCCAGGUUAGCCAACACUUUCACGUUCCGUAAGCUCUACUCAGACAUAGAGCAAGAGGAGAGGAAGGUAGACACAAAGAAGAAGGAAGCUCCAAAAAUCCCGCAGCCAAAGUUUCAGCUUCCCAGCCCGCUCUUCACUUUUGAUGGAUCCAAUAACAUGCCAGUCACCUCAGAUACUGACAACGCUCCUGUUGUCAAUGGUGACGUAAAGUCUGAGAAGUUGACAGAAGCAAACAUUGAUGACUCCAAGGUAUCUGGCUUUGAGCUGAACUCAACAGGGAGCACCCCAGUGAAGAAGACAGAGGAAAAGACUGUGGUCAAUGGAAGUGUGAACAAAACUUUAAAGAAAGCUGAUACUUCGUCAGGGAAAGAUGUUAAGCCCAAGCCAAUGUUCCGUAUUGAUGACUUGAUGCCAAAAGGGAAGCUGUGGAAGAGCACCACCGGCCAGCUGGUGACCAGGUUUGGGAAUCGUGGCACACGAACUGGGGAGUUCAGCUUCCCCAUCGGGGUGGCGGUGGACUCUUAUGGGGGGAUCUUUGUCACAGACACUGGGAACAACAGGGUACAG